UGGUUGCGUGAAGGACGUAAACAAAUUAGUACCUACUGUAUCUACUGUAGUUUUUAAUUAUUUUAUAAUUGUAAAUUCUAUUCAGGAGACACAGAUACAAUUGUUAUAUAUCAGUAAAAUAGUGAACACUUAACACUUGACCGCUUUUAUUUUUUAAAUUUAAUUUUAACCCUUCACGCGCAGGUUUACAUAUUUGGAGAAAACACCUCGCUAGCAAAAAUUAAGCUAGCAGUUUACGCUUUACAGAUGGCAGUACCACUGAGUUAAUGGUGUUUUAAUGGUGUUUGUCACCUAAUACAUGAACAUAUCAUUAACCCUUUACGGUCUAGGAAAGUUAAAAUAAAAUGAAUUGGGUUGGCGGUUCAAGAAACCGGUUAUUGGUGAAGGAUGAUACAAAAAAGCAAAAGGAGUUCUCUGAAAAAAGAAAAAUGCAGCAAAAGUUGAAGAAGUUGGGACUUCCUCUGCCAGCAUCCUCUCAAGAUUGUAGUUCUGGUAGCAUGGACCUGGUGACUUUGUUUAUUGUGAACCAGAUAGCUGCUAAAAAAGAAAAUACAGACGCUCCCAAAGUGGCAGUUCUCAGCAGCAGUAAAGGAAUAUCCAAGCACAGCAGAAAACAACCUUUUGUGUUACCCAUGAGCCCCUGCUCUCCAUCACAGCUGAGUCUGGCUGAGGGCCAGCCCCAGAACAGUGAUCAAGCAGAAAGAAAGAGAAUUCGUGUUAUUCCACAAGGGUUCAAGUGUCCCCAGUUGUCCCCAGUUUUGGAGUCAGCAUUCUCAGACAAUAGUGCAUCUGAUUAUCUUCCACGCGCAGCAGACCGCCUCAGCCCCUUUUCCUCCACCUCAUCAGCUUCUUCAAGCCAAGGAGGCCAAAAUGUGUGGGAUUCUUUAGGUAUUGUUCCCUUACACCUGAAUCAAGAGCAAAGAAACCAGAUGCAGAUGCAGCCACCUUUCUUCUACUCUCCAGACCAAGACUGGGCCAAGGAAGAAGAACGCCAUCAGCAGUGUCUCCAUGCUGUUUAUUCUCACGUGGACCAAGGCUAUUGUGCAGACCCCCUAAUCCCAAACUCUCAAGGGAAUCCAAAAGAAAAGCCUCUCAGUCCUUACAUUAAACAAACAAUGAACUUUAGAUCGGGCCGAAUUGCAUCUUUCUCAGGCAGACCCAGAGGAGGUAAUGUCCGACAGACAGAAGGCAGCUUGGCUCACUUUCCUUCUCCUCAUCCUCUUGCUAUAACUCAGUGCAAAUGUAAGCAAACACCAAGUGAAAUGCUUGACAAGGAAACUCAAACAGUCCACAUCCCCAGAGCUGAGACGUUCGAUGUCUCCACUCAGUGCAGCUUGGGUACCAAACCCCAUAACUUCAGCUUGUUCCUACCACCUGUUGAUGCUUCAGUGCCACAUUCAGCCACAGGGAGGCAGACUGACUGCACAGAUGCUGCUGCAAAGCUCAGUAGACGCAUAGCUUCAGCAGGGAACUCAAGAAGUGAAGUGAAUCACACAAACUGGAACAAGACGUACCAAAACAAACUUAGUGGCAACAACUGUGAUGGCAUAGCGAUUCUUCAGGGGCUCCUAAAGCCUUAUGUAGGUGCUUUAAAGCAUGGAAACAGAGGUAAGCAGAUCGGAGAGGGCAGACAUGACAAAUGGCAAGAAGAAAAUGAACCUGUGAUGAAAGAUCGCUCAGAUCAAGUGCAGGAAGUCGCAUCUGGAAACAGAGUAAACACACCCUCAGAAGAUGCAGGAGCACUUAAGGAAAUAGCCAAUAUAUUGCUCCUGCUGAAACAAAAUAAGGAGGAAUGAUGAUAAGUACCUAAAUAAGGCCAGUAGAUGUAGGUAGAUACAAAUGAACAACAUGUUUGUUCCUCUGUUUGAACACAGUCAUCUUCAGUAUUUUACCAUAUUUAACAGUAACACUUGACAUUAAUUAUUCAUUAUUUGUUCUGAAUGAGAGGGAUUCAUUGAAAUAAAGCCCCAAAAACAUUUCUCUGAUUCAUAGGUUUUUAUUUCUUUCCCCAUAUAGAUAUUCAAGUGUUAAGAUUUCAUGAAGAUAUUUAUUUUUUAUAGAAUAUAAACUCUAGCAAAACUUUUACAGCUUGAACAAUAAUCAAAUAUACUAUACAGCACGCUUUUUGUAUUUUUGUUGUUCAUCGUAAACUGUAGAAACAUGGAAUUGGCUCACAUAGAAAAAACUGCAACCAUUUCACCAUAAGUAACACAUUAAUUAUUUCCAGUUGACAGCAGAGGACACACAACUGGAUGCUGAGGGCUGAACACAUUAUCUCUGACACUGCACCUGAAACAACCACAUUUCGUGUUUAAUUGACACAUUUUCAGUACACAAUCUGUGUCAUGGAGCAGUAGUAGUCAUCUGUUAAUACCUUCAGUUCAGAACUAAUUUGCAUGGUUUUAAAGGCAAAACACAUCAUGGACCAAAUUAAAAUCUAAUGGUUCAAACAAUGCCCUUAUAUUUUUGAGCUGUGGUGUGUUAUUUUUCAUGUACAUGGCUGAAAUAAUGGACAAGCCCACUUCUACUCUACUGAUCAUUUUCAAAAGAAUAUGAAGAGGCUUUGAGCUGAUUAGUUGUGCUGUGAAGUCUGUGCAAGUUCUCUUUCGCUGCUGAAAUACACAAACAAAUGAUGCUUAUGGCAUAGUUUGAAAAAUGAUCAGCAAUCAAAACAAUUUAUAAUUAAUGGGUUGAACAUUGUCAUUCAGAGCUGUGUUUGGGUAAUGUUUCUGUGUUAACAGCUUAUCUAAAGGACAGAGGGUUUCCACAUAUUACAGUUGUUUUUCUGUAUGUGACAGCAGUAUCAUGGCAACAAUUUCCAAAAGCAUCGUUGUGUGAAAACCUCAAAAUGUAAUGCAAACACUAUUCAGGCACUGCAUGUGUUAUAGCAUUUAAUGAAUAUAUUAUUUUGAAAUGGCAUUGUAAAGAUCCUAUUAAUUCAUGAAUAUGUGCCAAAUAUUACACAAUGCCCUUUAACUGACAUAAUAUAAGAAACCUGUUGAAGUGCAGUGAUGGUGUAGUCCCCUUGUGUUUAGUUUCACAAAUUUCUAAUACACUUACUACUGUCAAACAGAUUUUGCUACAUAGAACCUAUGUGUAUCUUAUUAACAAGGUGUAAACUCACACGGUUUUACAAAACAACAUUGCCAAAUUACACUAAAGCCUACUCUUCGACUCUUUGACAUUAGGUAACCACGUAAAUGAUGUGCUCUGCUAUUUGUACAUAUGGCUAUGGAGGAAGACAAAUCAAAACACAUGACAUUUUUGUAAAAAAACAAAAAAAAUCACAGAUGAACCGCAAAUAUAGCUAUGGAUCUUAUUUCAGUAAUAUAAUACACAUCCACAUCUGGAAUAAAAAAAAUGGCCAUUAGGCACCUUCACAAAAACACAGGCACUAAUAUUAGCAUGUUCAAGAUAGACUGAAAUACUUAGAAUACAAGUGAAGGCUCAAUCAUAAAUCCAUGGUACAGAGAGAACAGCCUGGAUGUUUUAUACCAGGCAGUCAAUGCAUCAUGACAUAUGCAAGUUUAUACCUUGUUUCAUAGUUUUGGAUAAUUGUAGUGAUAUAAUGACUAUAGUCUCUGUUGUAUUAUGCUAAAACUGGCAUUUUUGAAGGCAAGCAACAUAUUUAAACAUUAGAACCUAAAAUAAUGUGGCUAAGCGGCAGUAAACAGUAACUGCUUGCAAACUUGUUAAGGUCAAAUGACAUAACAAUAAAUAAAUAGAAAUAAAUAACGGUAAACAAUUCAAAUUCCUUCCUGUGCUACGACAUCGGUGAGUGGUUUUGUUUUAGGCAUCCACUGAAAAUAUUAACUGUGCUAAUGUUAACAAUACUCUGUACAUCUCUGGCGUUUGCUUUUCAUAAAAAUAUCCACAAAGUAUGUAAGGAAUUGACAUUAGUGUACUGUGCUACAAUCAAACAACAUUAGACCAAGAUGUGUUUCAGAGAAAGGUCGAAAGGCAAAAUGGUACAACAGAUAAACAAUAAGCUAUAAUUGAGUUUUGUGGACACAGACCUGAUUUUCCAACAUCACAUUUACUUCAAUGGAAACAUUUUCUGAUGUAAUACUUUAACUGUAAGAGCAAUAGCAUAUUUAAACAAUAAAUCAUAUUUAUGUACUGUAUGUGUGAAAUACUGGGGUCAUCUUCCUGCUGCUAAGCCACAUCCUCUCCUAUAUAUUUGUGUAAAAAAGACAUCAGUUUAUUUCAUUAUCUCCUUCAUCAUUUGUGUAAUGAAUAAGGAAGGCCCUAAUACUUCACACAUUCAGUGUUUGUUCAACAGUCGUAUCUCCUGUUCCAGCAUCCUCAGUAAAGACACUGAACCUCUAUGUAUGUACAGUCUUGGAAAAAAUUAUUAGACCAUCAAAAGUCAUCAAAAACAAUGGUUAUGCAAUCAAGUACUAACUCCU